AGCCAAUCCAAACCAACGCGCAAGAUGGCAGGCAAUCAAAGGCGCAGCAAAGUGUCGGGUGCUAUGAAAUGGGAUGCUGCUACUGCGAAACAGACAGCCACAGGCCGGAAACCUCUUGGAGAACCUAUGUCUGUCCCACAGGUUCUUGUAAUGGUAGGACUGCACCUGUGUCGUCGUGUGGUGGGGGUUGAACCGCGUGUUAAAGUACCCCUGUACCUUGGUGUAUUGCUGAUCGGGUCCGUGAUGUGCGACUUCUUCCCCAUUCCGCGUACUUACCUGUCGCGCAAGGACAACGUGUUUAAUACGUAUUUCGUCAAGGUCGCCUGGGGCUGGACACUCAUCACGGUGGGACUGUUCGUAGCCGUCUCAAGUUGGGUAUACUGUUGCGGUGAUCGCGGACUUGUCAGGCGGCAUUUGAGUCGCCUUGCCGUCGGCACGGCUGCGUGGUUCUUGACGACGAAUUUUUUUGUAAUGUUUGAAACGUAUACCGGCCGCUGUACUGUUGACAAACACGGAACGAGGGAAGCAUGCUUCAGGGCUGGCCAACGUUGGUUUGGAUUUGACAUUUCGGGCCAUGCGUUUCUGCUCAUUUUCUGUAAUCUAAUGAUUGCCGAAGAAGCACGAAGUUUCUGUGGCUGGGAGAGGAUCGGAGACUUGCUUAGGAAUGAGAAGUACGAUGAUGACAGCCCUCUGAAGGAGCUGCCAGCCGAGCAGCUGCGCCUGCUGCACGACGCGUACCCACGGCUGACGCCGUUUGUGCGCCUGCUGUUCGUGGCUUUGACCUACCUUUCGCUUCUCUGGGAUUUAAUGCUUGUGUGCACAGUGCUGUACUUUCACAGCAUGGCCCAGAAAAUACUUGGCGGCGUAAUAGGUAUUGUUGAGUGGUACAUGCUGUAUCGCGUCUGGUACACAAUGACUUGGUCUCCGGGCCUCCCUGGAAAAGGACCUUUCAAGUAUCGUGACGUCCAAAGGAAGAAAACGCAAGGGUCUCGGAACUGAGGAGUUGUCUAGUGUUUAUACGUUGACUUACCCUCGUUACAUCAGGUGUGCCUCCAUCAGCAGACAUCAUUGGUGACUGGUGUUUAGUAUCAAGCCAUCUGGAAGUACGAGUAGACCGGUGCAAGAAAGACAGUGAAGUGUACAACACACGGAAGCCUGAAACGGCCGUAGGUGUUGCUGUGAUAAUUGGAAGUGCGUUGCAUUGCUGCGUGAAAACGCUUAUAUUUGUGCACACAUUUAUAUUGCAACAAUGGAAAAAAAAUUAGUUUAACAACAGCUGGUCAACUUUCUCUGUCAUGUUUAGCUUCAUACACAUAAAAAUGUAACCUAUAAACUGUCGCGUUGAACUUUCUUUUCAUGAUUUUAAAAAGAAGUUUCGCCUGUUUGUUAACUUACCCGCAUACUUCUUGUGCGUGCUGUAGUUUAACAAUGACAAAAGUUGGUGCUUUAACAAUUGAACUUUACAAAAGAUGUGUGCUUCUUUUCAUUCAUUGGCCGACCCUUGGCCAUAGUGCCUCGCGUCGCAGAAUUCUGCUACCAUCACUAUAUAAAGGGCACCUCUCAGCUGCCUAAAAUAAUUCUGGGCAGAAAUUCUUGCAGUUGCUAUGAAAAUAGACCCUGCUAAAAAUAUAUAGAACAGUGGAUUUUAUGUGAAAGUCCUGGUUCUCUCAACUCAACUUAAUGCUCUCACUUUAACUACAUAGUAUUGGAGCAGUGGUAACAUUACUAUAUUAUGAUAUAAUGCUGUCUUUGCAAACUUGUGUUUAGUAUGAGAAAUACAUGUAGCUUAUAACUCAGACCAGGCAUUAGUAAUUGAGCACUUGUUUUUACAUAAAUUGUAUUGCAUUUGGAGGCAGAAAAGUUGUCCUGUAAUUUUAAUAGGC